AUGCCCGUGGGCGCGCCGAAUGGAGGGGAGUGAGGGACUUGCUUACCGUUGCCCAGCUCCGCGCAUGCGCACGUCGCUCCCUUACCGUUCCUUGGGACACAAACACGCUGCUCUUGUUUUCUCCUUGUAGCUGGGGGCAGGAAGAUGCCGGGGAAGUUGAAGGUCAAGAUCGUGGCCGGACGCCAUUUGCCAGUGAUGGACCGAGCCAGUGACCUGACUGACGCCUUCGUGGAGGUAAAAUUUGGAAAUACCACAUUUAAGACAGAUGUGUACCCCAAAUCCCUCAAUCCUCAGUGGAACUCAGAAUGGUUUAAAUUUGAGGUAGAUGAUGAAGACCUACAAGAUGAGCCCCUGCAGAUCACGGUUCUUGAUCAUGACACCUACAGUGCUAAUGAUGCCAUUGGCAAAGUGUACAUUGAUAUUGAUCCUUUGCUCUAUAGUGAGGCAGCUACAGUUAUCUCUGGAUGGUUUCCAAUUUAUGAUACCAUACAUGGUAUCCGUGGGGAGAUCAAUGUGGUAGUGAAAGUAGACCUCUUCAAUGAUUUAAACCGUUUUAGGCAGUCAUCCUGUGGAGUCAAGUUUUUUUGCACCACAUCUAUUCCAAAGUGCUAUAGAGCUGUAGUAAUUCAUGGAUUUGUGGAAGAGCUGGUUGUUAAUGAAGACCCCGAAUACCAAUGGAUAGACCGAAUCCGUACUCCAAGGGCAUCAAAUGAGGCUAGACAGAGACUUAUUUCACUGAUGUCAGGUGAACUUCAAAGGAAGAUUGGCUUGAAGGUACUUGAAAUGAGAGGGAAUGCAGUUGUUGGUUACUUGCAGUGUUUUGAUUUGGAGGGAGAAUCUGGACUAGUAGUACGAGCCAUAGGAACAGUCUGUACCUUGGAUAAAAUAAGUAACACAGCAUUCUUACCUGCAUGUAAUUCCCCAUCUAAAGAAAUGAAGGAGAUUCCUUUCAAUGAAGAUCCCAAUCCCAAUACUCAUUCAUCAGGACCCUCCACCCCUCUGAAAAACCAAACCUAUUCCUUUUCACCUUCCAAGUCCUACAGUCGACAGUCCUCUUCUUCUGACACAGAUUUGAGUUUGACACCCAAAACUGCACCUUCCCCACAGGGGCCUAGGAUUUUCCUGUUUCCUAGCUCCCCUACUCUGUCUUGUGGUUCCCCACAGCUUAACAAGUCCUGUCUCCUCCUCCCGGGGUCUAGCCUUAACCCUCUUCACUCUAGCCAUGUCAGCCCAUUUGUUCUGAGGAAAAGUGUCUCUUUCACUGAAGAGCUGCUUCUGGCUGCUUCUGGAAUGGGCAGUGGAAGUGCUGGAAAAGAAGGGGGACCAUUUAAAGCUCUAUUAAGACAACAGACGCAGACAGCUCUGGAGCAAAGGGAAUUUCCCUUUUUUACCUUGACGGCCUUUCCACCUGGCUUCCUUGUCCAUGUUGGUGGUGUGGUCAGUGCACGCUCUGUGAAGCUUUUGGACCGCAUCCACAAUCCUGCCUUUGUCGGAAUUAUGGGUAACACAAGAUCAUACAAACUGCUAGACUGGAAUAGUUUCAAUUCAGAUGAACCAGAGACACGAGAUGCGUGGUGGGCAGAAAUCAGACAAGAGAUAAAAUCCCAUGCCAAGGCAUUGGGUUGUCAUGCUGUAGUGGGCUACAGUGAAUCAACUAGCAUUUGUGAAGAGGUCUGUAUUUUGUCCGCGUCUGGCACAGCAGCUGUACUGAACCCUAGGUUUCUCCAGGAUGGCACCAUGGAAGGCUGUUUGGAACAAAGGUUGUCAUGGCAGCCUGGCUUCUUUUCCAUAGGGUCAGAGAAGGGAGAGGUUGAUUUUUUUCCUCAGAACCAAGAUAGUUCUUCUCUAUUAGGGAUAGAAGAAACUUCACCUCCAGGUUGUGGAUUUUGCCACAUACCAUAUGAUGAACUGAACAUGCCAUUCCCUGCUCAUCUCACAUACUGUUACAACUGCAGAAAACAAAAGGUUCCUGAUGUUCUUUUCACAACAAUAGAUCUGCCUGCAGAGGCAAUGGUUAUUGGGAAGGGAUGUCUUAUUCAAGCCAGGUUAUGUCGCCUGAAAAAGAAAGCUCAAGCUGAAGCAAAUGCAACAUCCAUCAGUAAUCUGUUGCCAUUUAUGGAAUAUGAAGUACACACCCAGCUAAUGAAUAAACUUAAAUUGAAAGGAAUGAAUGCUCUGUUCGGUCUGAGGAUUCAGAUUACAGUGGGUGAAAAUAUGCUGAUGGGCUUGGCAUCUGCCACUGGUGUGUAUCUGACAGCUUUACCGACCCCUGGUGGUAUUCAGAUUGCUGGGAAGACUCCAAAUGAUGGCGCCUAUGAACAGCAUGUUUCUCACAUGCAAAAAAAAAUAAAUGAUACAAUAGCAAAAAACAAGGAGCUUUAUGAGAUUAACCCUCCUGAGAUACCAGAGGAAAUCAUAGGGUCUCCCUUUCCAGAACCAAGACAGCGUUCCAGGCUGCUAAGAUCUCAGUCAGAAAGUUCUGAUGAAGUUAUGGAACUGGACCUUUCACAUGGGAAAAAGGAUGCUUUUGUCUUGGAGAUUGAUGAUACAGAUGCAAUGGAAGAUGUACAUUCUUUACUGACGGAUGUUCCACCACCUCCAGGUUUUUACAGUUGUAACACAGAAAUUAUGCCUGGCAUAAAUAACUGGACUUCUGAUAUACAGAUGUUCACCUCAGUAAGAGUAUCCAGAUUAAGCAACAUUAACCUGACAAAUCAAACACUUAACAAGAACUUUAAUGAUCUCUGUGAGAAUCUGCUUAAGAGUCUAUAUUUUAAGCUACGAUCUAUGAUUCCCUGCUGCCUUUGUCACGUAAAUUUUACAGUGGCUCUUCCAGAGGAUGAAGUAAUUCAGAUCACAGUCACAGCGGUUGCAAUAACAUUUGACAAAAACCAAGCUUUACAAACCAGUAAAGUCCCUGCAGAAAAAACAUUGCAAAGGGCCUCUACAGACAAUGAAGAGCAGCUACAAUUUCCAUUGGAACUUUGCUCUGAUCCUCUCGUUUCUCAACCAUUCUCACCAGCUAAAGAGGUCCUGGAGAAUGCAGGUUCCCACACAGGUAUACCAGCUGCACAGAGAGCAACGUCAGUUGAUUACAGUUCCUUUGCAGACAGAUGCAACAGCUGGAUAGAGCUCAUUAAACUGAAAGCUCAGACCAUAAGGCGUGGAUCAAUUAAGACAAGUAGGCCUGCUUCUCUUGACAAAGCAAGUCCACUGGCUGAAGGACACUUGCGUCACCGUUCUGUUCCAUCAUGCACCAAUUCUACUGUCUCAGUUGUUAAGAUGACACCUCUUUCUUUUAUCCCUGGGGCAAAAAUAACCAAGUAUCUUGGGAUAAUCAACAUGUUUUUUAUUCGAGAAACCACUUCUUUACGUGAGGAGGGCGGUGUCAGUGGCUUUCUCCAUGCUUUCAUUGCUGAAGUGUUUGCAAUGGUGAGGGCUCACGUUGCAGCUUUAGGGGGGAAUGCAGUUGUCUCGUACAUAAUGAAACAGUGUGUUUUCAUGGAGAACCCCAACAAAAAUCAGGCACAGUGUCUAAUAAAUGUCAGUGGGGAUGCGGUGAUUGUUGUACGUGAAUCUGAAUUAGAAAUGGUACCAGUGCAACCAUCUGCUGCUGUCUCUCAACCCGCAAGUGCUGGAGAUGUCACGACAUGAAACCAGAAGAAAUGGAAUGGCUCUGCCCGAAGUAAAAAGAUCUCUGCAAAAUGUGGGAACGUUUAGCUUUACCUCUUCAAAAAUCAGUAAUUCUCCAAAAUAUUACAGUCAGCUAAAUCUGAGACAAUCACUAACCUUUGUCCAUCAACUUACAUAAUAGCCAGGGCAACAUUUUAUUGGCAAGUACCCUGUAAUUCCAUUUUUUUAAUCACUAGCCCCGUGAAAUCUAGACAGAUGAGGCAUUGAUCUAAAGGAAUUCCAUAGAGCUCCUGAAAUAAAACAGGAACUUACCUGUGUUUUUUCUUUAUGUAGUUGUUUGACAGGGCCAGAACAAAUAAUAACUCAAACAGUAUCUGAGUCUGAUAAUGCUUGUUCAUGUUAAUUUACUCUUAGUUAAUUUAAGAAACAAAAACUGGAAGAUAAUCAAGAAACUGGAAUCAGCUGCCUUUGAAUGAGCAAGAGAUCAUGAACCGGUUUAAAAAAAUAUGACCAAAUAAGCAAUCGUCUGAUAUUAAGUCUGUAACGAGCGUUAGCUCAUGGAACUUUGAGAGCAAAAAGCACCAGAAAUGACUGUCUGAAUUUAGCAGCAUGCUAAAAUGUUUUUCAACUGUUUGUGAACUAGUGAAUAUUUUUAUUGUACAACAUAUUUUUUUAUUUUAAAUGUUCGUUAUUGUUGCUGCAUUGUAAGCAUAACUAUGGUAAAACAAAAUAAAUUAUUAUAUCUGGUUCAGGUAUUAUAAGUUCAUUUCAAUAUUAACAUUUGUACAAUGCUUUUUUUUUAUUUUUUCAAAGAGUCUGCAAAAUAAUGUCCUAAACUACUGAAGUCCAUUUUUUUAGGGCAUGAUCUUGCAAUAUUGAUAUAGACAAAGUCAGAGAGACAGUCACCUGCAUAUUUGGAUGCAGAAUCAGGCCCUCUGUAUUUUGCUAUUUGGAAAUGCCUGGCUAACUUGAGUAAAAGAACAGUUAAAAUAUUUUAACUGACAUUAACUUCUGCAAGUCAGGUUUCCUUUCAAAUACAAUAAUUGGGAGAUGAUGGGUACUGCAGGAAAAGGAAACAAUACAUCUCCAGCAAAUCUUUUGAAGACUUUGGUAGAAUAAUAUAAAGACUGACUCUUUAGAUUUGAAGACACGUUCAUGGAAAUGUGUUGACAACAUCUAAUAUGGAACUUGAAUAAAUGUGUAAACUUGAAUGUAAAUAUUCUGUGUAGUCAGACUCAAAUAUCCCAUUGUAUAUGAGCAUGAAAAUCAUAUUCCUCUUUGUACAAUAAAUUUCUGUAUAAAACCA